UGCGCGUAAUGGCGGACGGCAGCAAAAAGUUGUUUGGCUGGAUCCGAAAACAAGAUCGCAGUGGCAAUCACGCCAGUAAUACAGAUUUACCAGAUGAUAUAGGCGUACAGUUUCCUUUGAAUUCUCAAGAGGAUAUUACCAAAUUGGAAACAUACCUGAGUGAAAAAAAUAAUUGCCUGGCUUUGUCGGCAUAUCUAUCGACUUUUGGAGGGAGAGAUUUUACUGGACAUACAAACCGGAUUUUAAAUUUUUUGUUCACUUAUUCUCUUGCAACUAAUUGGAAUUUUUGUGGCAAACGAGGUGAGAAAAAGGCUUUUAAAAACUUAAACGUAAAGGAUGUGAUUAUUGGUAAGUGUUUUCACUUGUAGGUGCAUACUUAUUAUUAAUCUGAAACAACAUUUUUAGG